AUCAAAUGUCUCGGAAAAAGUUGGUGCAAAAGUAGUGUAGUUUUGUUAUAUGAUUUCGCGUUGUGGUAUUGCAUGUUUUGGGCGAAUCGAGGAAUUGGUAAAAUGAAGUGAAGCUAUAAAUAUAAGCAGAUGAAAUCAUAAGGUGUAACACACACAGCCAAUACCUAAGCUGAAAAAGUAAAAUCGUCCGUCGGUUCUAGACUUCUAAGUCGCGCAUCAAACGAUUUCAUAUUGCGUUAGUGGUUUUCUUCGCGAAGUCGUACCUAUCGCGUUUUUUACAUCGGAAAAGGGUUUACAAACUUUAACGAAGUAGUUUAAUAAUUGUGCAUUGUAAAGGAAAAUAGAAGAACCAUCGCAUUCGAACGUUCGGAGUGUUAUUCCGUACGGAACGCUAGCGUCAAGGGCAGUGCUUACUCGCUCCUAAGGAAAUACCAUUUCCAAAAUGAGUAAGGAAGCACCGCCGGCGUAUGGCUUCCUGCCUCCGCCUUCGGCGCCACCAAGCUACGCACAAGCGGUCGGUGGAGUUCCACCGGCCAGCCCUUACACGGCCAAUAUUCCACAACCAACCGGGCCAUCGAUUAUCACUACUGUUGUUCCAGUAGGACCGCAAACAACGCACAUGAUCUGUCCAAGCUGCCAAGCCGAGAUUAACACACAAACAACGACCUCACCGGGUUUGAUUGCCUACGUUUCGGGAUUUUUGAUUGCACUUUUUGGCUGCUGGCUCGGAUGCUGUUUGAUUCCGUGUUGCAUCGACGAGUGCAUGGAUGUUCAUCAUUCUUGUCCGCACUGCAAGGCCUAUCUUGGACGACAUCGACGAUAAGUGCUCUCGACUUGUUCUUCUUGAUUCCACUGAUUCAAAUCCCUGCCUCGAAUCCAUCUCUCACGAAAGGAUACAUCACGGGAUACAUCACAUUAUUUGCAAGCAAAUUAUUGGUAACAGUUAAACCUGGCCACAUACAUGGAUCGUAUACAAAUUAUUCAACAUUUGGUUUAUUGUGCCAUGGUCAAUUUUUUGAAGGUCUCCCGCCGCGCUGCAAUUUAGUUGUAUGCUAUGGAUGUAUUUGAUGAUAAAAUGUAAUCUCAUGUCUGCUUUUGUUAAAAAACGUCGAAUAAUUUUGGAAAUAGUUCCAAGUAUCCUUUUCAAAAGUGCUAACAAAUUUACCCUAACAGGAACUAGUUUACAGUCCACUCUACCCGUGCGUGUAUAUUCGGUUUAAUUAGAUAGAAAAUCACACAAUGUGUAUGCCGUGACUAAUAUGCAAGUAUAGACAGCACUGGUCUAUUUAUGACUAGAAAGAACACCUUGUAAAUUCAAAUUUGUGUACUUUCAGUGGUUAUAUUUGGUGAUCACUGAUGUUUUACACUGUCAAGAUUGUUCGACUUAUGGUUUCUUUACGUUUCUGUUACUCCUUUCUACGCUGACACACUUCACUUUUAUACUUAUUAAUAUUUGUAGUUGUAAUGUUGUUAUAACAUUUGCCGCUGGUAAUAUUGAAUAAACCAAAAAU